AUGCAGGAUAUAAUUUCUUCUGCAGCCAUAAAAUCUGUAAACAGAUUUCCAAGUUUACAAGGAGGUUGCUGGGUCGAGUUUGGUUACACAGAUAACACUGCAGUAUACCAUACAAAGGCAGCUUUGAUCUUUGAUUUUAAAUAUGAGAUUUUGUCUGAUUCUUUCCGAUCCUCAGUUUCUAUUGUCAUUUACGGUUUAAUGGACAUUCUUGAAUCACAUUGGUUAACACCAAACAAAUGUUUUGGUACAAGUUUGGUACAAGUUAGCUGCACUUUUGGUGCAGAUUUUUGGUUCUGUUUUGUGCAGUUUUUUAGUGCUGUUUUGGUGCAGUUUUUGUGUGCUCCCAUUUUUGCCCCGCUUUUUUUGUUAUUAUUUCAACUUUGCCACUUUUGUUUUGCUGUCAAACGGAGAACAGAAUCGUUCCAGACAUUUCUCUGCCUUUCCUCUUUCCUCGCUCGCAUACCUCGGGUUCCAUCGUCUGCCGUUCUGUUUUCUGUCUUCAUCUUUCUUCGUUGGUUGGGUUCGAAAUAUUUUUCCGCUCAUUCGAGCGGUAUUUACAAAGAUUUGUACCUAUAUUGGAUUCGAUUGGGUUUUGGUUGGAACCGAUCUAAUCCGGCAUUUGCAGGUCAGUUUUGCUCUGACGACGAGCCUGUGGCUCAUUCCCUUGAGAGCGACAAGCCCGAAACGGGGAGUACUGAGAGCAUUAGAGGAGGAGGAGGAGGAGAAGACGAAGAGGAAGAGCCCGUGGACGAGCCCGAUGAUCCCAUGGAGGAAGACGCAGUCAACUCCGCCGCCGUCUUCUGCAUCCGGCUCAAGCAGCCCAGGUCCAAUUUGCAGCACAAGAUGAGCGUCCCCGAGCUUUGUCGCAAUUUUAGAUAUGAAGAGGAUUUGUGAAGUUGCUGUGAUUUCAUGGUACUCAUGAUCAGUUUUUGGAUUUGAUUUGAAGGAAUUUCUAGGGUUCAUUGGUGAGUUCUUCGAGAUGUGAAAUGGGUGGUUUCUUUUGUUUAAAUCUGGGGCUUUUGUAGUUUGGGAUUUGUAAAUGAAUUAAAAUUUAUUGUUUUAUGAUUUGGUUCCCUUUUUAUU